UUUAAUCUUUCUAAAAUAUCAACCAAAGUUUUAUAUAUAUACCAUUAGCAAACUUCAAAAUUCAUUUGUUUUUUCUUUAAAUGUUAGGACUAGGAGUAAUGAGUUCCAUGGAAAGUAAUAGUAGCACUGUUGAAGAUGAUUCUAAACCCCUAUGGCAAUAUGUGACUAAGAUUAAGAAGUUAAGUGACGGGGGUGGAAAUUUUUCAUGGCAAUGCAAUUUUUGUCACGUUAUAAAGAAGAGCUCAUAUACAAGAGUGAGAGCUCACUUGCUGAAGAUAGUUGGUCAAGGAAUUGGGCCAUGUCUAAAGGUUACUCCUAAAGACAUAGCAGAUAUGCGAAGGUUAGAAGAUGAGACAAAAAUUCAAAUGGAAAGAAAAGCUCCAAAAAAUGUUUCGUUGCCAAUGGCAUCUUCAUCCAUAUCAAUUGGGGGAGUGGAUGUGACCAGUUCAAAUAGAUUUGAGACUGAGAAUAAGAAAAGAUAAGGCAAUACAAGUGCACUAGAAAAAUCAUUCAACAAGACAUCACGGGACCAAUUGGAUGCACUUAUUACUCGAAUGUUUUAUUCAGCAGGCUUGCCAUUUCAUUUGGCAAGGAACCCCCAUUUUAUCAGUGCCUUUACUUAUGCCGCAAACAAUCCGUUGUCUGGAUACAAGCCUCCAGGAUAUAAUAUGUUGAGGACUAGUCUACUACUGCAAAGGGAGAAAGCUAAUAUUGAAAGACUACUGAUGCCUAUUAAAGGUGAAUGGCGAAAAAAGGGAGUGAGCAUUAUAAGUGAUGGUUGGAGUGACUCACAAAGAAGGCCAUUGAUAAACUUCAUGGCCAUUUCUAAUGGUAAGCCAAUGUUUCUAAAAUCGGUCGAUUGCUCAGGUGAGAUUAAGGAUAAGUACUUCAUUGCAAAUUCGAUGAAGGAAGUGAUUAAUGAAGUCGGUCAUGAGAAUGUUGUUCAAGUGAUAACGGAUAAUGCUCCUAAUUGCAAAGGGGCAGGACAACUUAUUGAAGCACAAUUUCCGAUGAUUAUAUGGACACCGUGCGUAGUUCAUACUCUAAAUCUUGCCCUGAAAAACAUUUGUGCUGGCAAGAAUGUUGAAAAUAAUCAAAUUGUUUAUGGAGAGUGCAGCUGGAUUUUUUAUAUUGCUGGGGACAUCGUGGUAGUGAAAUUUUUUAUCAUGAACCAUUCCAUGAUGCUUGCCAUGUUUAAUGAAUUUGUGCCUCUUAAAUUGCUUUCAAUAGCUGAAACUCGUUUUGCAUCGGUUAUUAUUAUGCUUAAGAGGUUUAAGCUUAUUAAAGGCGGCUUACAAGCUAUGGUCAUCAGUGAUAAAUGGGAAAGUUAUAGAGAAGAUGAUGUGGUCAAGGCAGGACAUGUAAAGGAGUUGGUGCUCGAUGUCAUUUGGUGGGACAAAAUUAAUUAUAUUUUGUCAUUCACUUCACCCAUAUACGACAUGCUAAGAGAUUGUGAUAAGGAUACACCUUGUUUACAUUUGGUGUAUGACAUGUGGGAUACAAUGAUUGAAAAGGUGAAGAUGUCCAUAUAUAAACACGAAGGAUUGCGACCAACUGAAUUCUCUUCUUUCUAUGACGUGAUGUAUAACAUUCUCAUUGAUUGUUGGAACAAGAAUAGUACUCUACUUCACUGUUUAGCACAUUCUUUGAAUCCAAGAUACUAUAGUGAAGAAUGGCUUACAGAAGAUCCUAAUCGAGUUGCUCCACAUCAAGAUGUCGAACUAACUAGAGAGAGAAUGAAGUGUAUGAAGAGGUAUUUUAGUAGCUCGGAGGAUCGUGCAAAAGUGAAUGUAGAAGUUGCUCAAUUCUCUACAAAAACUGGAGAUUUUGAUGAUUAUGAUUCCAUAUGCGAGAGAUACACAAUAGAUUCUAUAAGUUGGUGGGCAACUCAUGGGACUUAUGCACCAAUGCUUCAGAAGAUUGCCUUCAAAGUUUUAGGACAACCAUCAUCCUCUUCAUGUUGUGAAAGAAAUUGGAGCACAUAUUCCUUUAUUAACUCCAUCAAGAGGAACAAAAUAACGCCUCAACGUGCAGAGGAUUUGGUAUUUAUCCACAGUAACCUUCAUCUUUUGUCUAGAAAAACUCCGGAAUAUUCAAAAGGAGAAACCAAGGCAUGGGAUAUUGCAGGAGAUGCUUCUGAUUCACUUGAAGAUGUAGACAUGCUUGAAGUAGCUAAUUUAUCUUUAGAUGAUCCAGAGUUGGAGGCUGAAAUUACUAAGGAGGAUGGUGUUGAUAAGGAUGAAGAUGUUAUUGAGAUUUGAGAGGAUAGUUUUUUUAUUAGUCUUUAAUAUUUUAUUCUUUUGUAUGGAAAAUCCCUUUCCAUGUUGAAUAUACCUAAUAUGUUUUGUACUAUUACAACCUACAAUGGUUAAAUGUUAAUUUGACAUUUUAUGUUCUUUUAGUGAAGAUUGAAGAACAUUUAGUUUU